AUGAAACUUGCAGAGAGUAUCCAGGCCAAUGUAUACAAAAGGAAGCCUCAUUUUGACAAGAUUCUCAUCGCGAACAGAGGUGAAAUCGCGUGUCGUGUCAUUCGCACCGCUAAGAAGCUCGGCAUCAAGACUGUGGCGGUCUACAGCGAAGUCGACGCCGACUCGCUGCACGUGAAACUGGCGGACGAGGCGUAUUGCAUCGGCCCGGCACCAUCGUCUGAGAGCUAUCUUCGUAUGGAUAAGAUAAUUGACGUCUGUCGACGGAGUGGCGCGCAGGCUGUUCAUCCAGGGUAUGGAUUCCUGAGCGAGAAUGCCAAGUUCGCUCGGCAGCUCGCCGAAGAAGGCAUUGUCUUCAUCGGUCCUCCCGCAAGCGCAAUUAUUAGUAUGGGGUCGAAGAGUGAAUCCAAGACUAUAAUGUCCAGUGCUGGAGUUCCUUGUGUUCCGGGUUAUCAUGGAAGUAACCAGGAUCCCGCAUACCUAUUACAAGAGGCUGAGAAAAUUGGAUUUCCGGUCUUGAUCAAAGCUGUACACGGUGGAGGCGGUAAAGGUAUGCGAGUUGUGCAUGCCCCAUCAGCCUUCUUCGACUCCCUCGAAUCGGCUCAGCGCGAGUCGCUCAAAGGGUUCGGGGAUGCCACCGUUCUUGUCGAGAAGUUCGUCGAGCGGCCGCGGCACGUCGAAGUCCAGAUAUUUGCGGAUCAGAUGGGGAACACAGUGAGUCUUUGGGAGAGGGAUUGCUCGGUGCAGAGGCGAAAUCAGAAGAUCAUCGAAGAGGCUCCUGCGCCCGGACUUUCGGCUGAGCUGCGUGCUGAUUUGAGCGCGAAGGCCAUCGCUGCUGCGAAAGCGGUCAAUUACGUUGGCGCCGGGACCGUCGAGUUCAUAUUCGACAAAGACACCUCUAAGUUCUAUUUUAUGGAAAUGAAUACACGAUUACAGGUUGAGCAUCCUGUGACAGAAAUGGUAACUGGAUUAGACCUUGUAGAAUGGCAAUUAGAAGUAGCUUCAGGGAAUCCUCUCCCUCUCUCCCAACAAUCUAUCCCCCUUGUUGGACAUGCUUUCGAAGCACGGAUCUACGCGGAGAAUCCCCGCAACGACUUCCUUCCCGACUCAGGUCGUCUUCUCUAUCUCUCAACGCCAGAACCCACGCAUACAUUCGCAUCGACUUUCACCUCUGUCACGCCCUUAGCGUCGGACCUUGGCAUGACUCCAGCCACGGACAGUACGCUUCGGAUAGCGCCCUCAGUGCGUCUUGAGCAAGGGUUCACGCAAGGAGCACAGAUAGGCGUGUUUUAUGACCCUAUGAUUGCAAAGCUCGUCGUGCACGCUGAGGACCGUACAGAGGCGCUCAGAGUCUUGAGGAAGGCGUUAGACGAGUAUCAUGUCGCCGGUGUGUCGACGAACGUGGAGUUCCUGCGGGCUUUGGCAGGCCACCAAGCAUUUGUAGAUGGGGAAGUCGAGACAGGAUUUAUUCCGAAACAUCAUGCGCAGCUGUUUCCUCCCAUAGGAGAGCCAUCGGCGGAGCUCCUGGCCCAGGCUGCACUCUUUAUAGUCCUGCGGGAUUAUCCUCAAGACCCAACGACUCCUUGGACGCGCCUUGCGUCUCGGCGUUUUGGCGGGGACAUCUAUGAACGAACUAUAUCCUUCCAGACCGAGGACGCAUCCGACCAUCAUUUUACUGUCUGCGUCAAGUCUCUUCCUUCAGGCCUCUUCGAUUUGGAAAUCAGUGGCAAUGACCCAGAGUCUCUACGUACUCUAUUGACCUCCGUCCCUGCCCAAUUGACAUCCCCGACCUCACUCUCUACCACAUUGAACAAUUUUUCGAGCCGAACGACCAUCGUCUGUCAGCCGCCACCACCAGACGUCCCGGCCUCUUCAUCGCCUGCCACGAUGGAGCGCUUGCACGUAUUCGCAAACGGCCACAAGACGACGCUCAUCGUGCCCUCGCCAGCGUGGCUUCGCUCGCUCGGCGGGGACGUGCUGAGUGCCCAGGCGAGGGGCGCGUUGAAGGCGCCGAUGCCGAGCCUCGUUGUCGAGGUGAAGGUGAGCGUGGGCGAGAGGGUCGCGAAGGGCCAGUCGGUGGUCGUGCUCGAGAGUAUGAAGACGGAGACUGUGUUGAGGGCGGAGGUGGACGGGGUCGUGCGCGCUGUGGGCUGUGUCAAGGGAGAGAUGGUCAAGGAGGGACAGGAAUUGGUGGACAUCGAGGCGGAAAUCGGAGAUAGUCUCCCGUCUUGA